AUGCCUUCUGCUGCUGUCUGCAUGCGGACCCUCCGGGCCUACUCCCGCUACGGCCCCAAUCAUGCCAGAAUCUUUGCCAGAGCGUUCUCGGCCACAGGUCGCCGGGCCGAGAUCAACAAGGUGUUCCCUUCCGCUGCCGAGGCUCUCAAGGACAUGAAGCCCAACACGACCCUGCUCUGCGGUGGCUUUGGCCUAUGCGGUGUGCCCGACACCCUCAUCAACGAGGUCAUCAAGAAGCCCGAGAUCCAGGGUCUCACUGCUGUCUCCAACAAUGCCGGCACAGAUACCUCGGGCCUUGGCCAGCUGCUCAAGACCAAGCAGAUCAAGAAGAUGGUUGCCAGCUACAUUGGCGAGAACAAGACCUUUGAGAGCAUGUAUCUCACUGGCGAGGUCGAGCUGGAGCUCACUCCACAAGGCACCCUCGCUGAGCGCUGUGCGUCUGGUGGCAAGGGCAUUCCGGCCUUCUACACGCCUGCUGCGUUUGGCACUGUCGUCCAGACCGGUGACCUUCCUCUCAAGAACAAGUCCGACGGAAGCCCCGACCAGUUCUCGUACCCCAAGGACGUCAAGGUCUUCAAUGGCAAGCCUUACCUGCUCGAGGAGGCAAUUGACGGCGACUAUGCGUUCGUCAAGGCGUACAAGGCCGACAAGCUCGGCAACUGCCAGUUCCGCCUGGCUGCCAACAACUUCAACGGCGCCAUGGGCCGCAACGCCAGGAUGACCAUAGUCGAGGCGGAGCACAUUGUCGAGCCCGGUGAGAUCCCUCCUGAGGCCGUGCACCUUCCCGGCAUCUACGUCAAGCGCGUCAUCCAGAGCACGACCGAGAAGGGCAUCGAGAAGUACACCUGGGCCAAGGACGAGAACGACCCGGAGGCCAAGAAGGCCCUGGGCAGCGGCGAGACCGCGGCCAAGCGCGAGCGCAUCGUGCGCAGAGCCGCCAAGGAGUUCAAGAACGGCAUGUACGCCAACCUGGGUAUCGGCAUGCCCAUGCUUGCUCCCAGCUUUGUUGGCCCCGAGGUCGAGGUGCAGCUCCAGUCCGAGAACGGCAUUCUCGGUCUCGGCCCGUACCCGAAGAAGGGCGAGGAGGACGCUGACCUGAUCAACGCCGGCAAGGAGACCGUGACUCUGAACCCCGGCGCGGCCGUCUUUGGCAGCGAGGAGAGUUUCGGCAUGAUCCGCAGUGGCCGCAUCAACCUCACCAUCCUCGGUGCCAUGCAGGUCAGCGCCAGCGGCGAUCUCGCCAACUGGAUGUUGCCUGGUAAGGUCAAGGGCUUCGGAGGUGCUAUGGAUCUCGUUUCCAACCCCAGCGAGACCAAGGUCGUCGUCACCAUGGAGCACACCGACAAGAAGGGCAACGCCAAGAUUGUCAAGCAGUGCGCUUUCCCCCUCACUGGCCGCGCUUGCGUGUCCAGAAUUAUUACCGAGCUCGGUGUAUUUGACGUCGACUUUGCUCACGGCCUGACCCUCAUCGAGAUUGCGGACGGUGUCACAGUAGACGAGAUUAAGAGCAAGACUGAGGCGCCAUUCCACGUCGCCAAAGACCUCAAGCCCAUGUUAUAA